CGUGGAGUUCGCUUGACGCUUUGUAUUGUCGUGUCGUGUCUAAAAUAAAUAAAUAAGAUAAAAUAACAAUGAAAAAAUUCAAAUACGAUGUUUUGGAAUUAAUUAGCUGUGUUCGUGAGCGGCCAUGUCUGUGGGACAAAUCAUUAGAAAAUUAUAAAGAUCGUUUGGAAAGACGCGCGGCUUGGGAAGAAAUUUUUGUCAUUUUGGAGCCGAGAUACGAAGAUAUGACUGCUGAGGAUCGACGCUUGUUGGGUGAGGAGGUCAUUUAUAAAUGGACGAACAUACGUGACACAUUCAUGAAGUCUCUAAAAACGAAACUGGGAAAGCCUAAACGUAGGUACAUGUUGCACGACCAACUUAUAUUCCUGAAAAAUAAUUUACCCGAAGAGGAACGACAAGAAGUCGAAGAAACUCCUUUCUUGAAACAAGAAGAAAGUAUAGAGAUAGAAGUUCCCCUGCCACCUCCUGUGCCGAAAAAAACAAGAAAAUGUGAUGACAAUGCUAAAGGUUUGAGAAAACGGUCGAAAAGGCAGGAGGCCAAAAGACAGGAAUAUGAAGAAGUUCCCUCCCCAAAAGGGAAGGAUUUAAGUGAAGAUAUAGAUUAUAAUGAAGAAUCAGAUCCGAGGGUGAUGAAUGAAGAUGAAGCGUUCUUUGCGUCCCUGCUGCCGACAGUGGUCAAGUAUGAUGAAGAUGAUAAGCUGGAGUUCAGGAUGGGCGUGCUGGCGGUCAUGAAGAAGAUAAGGGAUAGUAAGAAGUGGACGAUUGAUUCGAUAGAAGAUUAGAAUUAUGAAAUAACAAUGAAAAAAUGUAAUGGGAAAAAAUCAACAUAUUGAGAUCGCUAGUUCCAAAAAAAGUUUUAAAAGAAAACUUUAAUUUCAUUUACCGAUAGAGAAUCGUCUAUUAUAGCGUUGAACCAACUUUUUGUAUUUCAAAAGACAAUUGUACAAUUCCGGCACAUUGGGCAGAAUCUCCUAGACUGAAUAGAAUAAAUAAUGUAUACCAGCAGCUGUCCCGAACUCUCGGCAAACGUUGUUUUGCCAUAUAUUUUUUAGUAGUUUCUAAUUUAAAAAAAAUGUUAAGGUUGGACAACCCUUAUCACUAAGGGGUAUGAAAGAUGUUGGCCGAUUCUCAGACCUCAGACUCAAUAUGCUCACAAUAUUUCAUGAGAAUCGGUCAAGCCGUUUCGGACGAGUACGGGAACGAACAUUGUGACCCGAGAAUUUUAUAUAUAUGAUAAGCCUAACGUUAAUUAAA